AUGGAAGCUGCAAGCCAACGCCAGCACAUCUGCUGGAGAACGGAUCGUGAAGAGGAAGUAUGGAGAAAGGCAAAGACGGUAGGCUUCCGUCUCGGCAUUACAGAUGACAUCGAGGGCAAAAUGCAGCUGGCCAACCUUGCCAUGAAGAACAUGUUCUACAUGUGGGGAGCAAAAGCUGUCUCUCUGGAACUGAAGCUGAAGCUCUUCCAUGUGUAUGUUCUACCUGUACUGCUAUACAACGCCGGGACAUGGGGGCUUACGGAGCAGCUUGCUAGUAAGAUAUACAGAUGGCACCGAAAGCAGCUGAGGUGUAUAGCAGGCUACAUCUACCCCAACUACAUCAGCAACAAAAACCUCUACAAGCAGUGCAAAACGUCUCCACAACACAAUGAAGUACACCGGAGCAGAUGGCACAUUUUGGGACACAUCCUACGUAUGCUGGACUCAUCCCCUGCCCAAAAGGCACUCAACAUCGCCUUCAGCAAGAAACUGACACCUAGAUUAGGUAGGCCCCGCGAAGGCCUUUUAGACUGCCUGAUUGACGACGAGAAACUGUACUACAAUCAGAAUGUCAAGAUGGCACCGCAAUGCUGA